CCUCUUCCACUUCCAAAGGCAAUAUUUCUUUUGUAGCCAAUAAGCCAAGAACGAACCCAGCAGUGAUCACGAUGGCAUGCAGUCUUGUUUCAUGGGUUCAGGUAUUCUGCUUCUUCAGCCUGCUGUUCAGAGGGAUUUUCUCGGUGGUGCAUGCACCUAUGCUUCUCUGGUCAACAGACAGAUCUCUCCACGGCUUGGCAAGUACUUUACAUGAAGGACAUAUUAUCCCUGAGCAUGAGCUGCAUAUAUUACUGCAACACACUGUUUCUCAGGAUUCCCGAAAUGUUGUCGUGUUUCUUCAAGAUAUGCUUGGAGUGAAUGACUUCACACGUUAUGCAGAGUCCUCUGGAAAUGAGACACCAUUUCUCAAUGUUCAGGAACUUCUUAAGACUUCAUCCUCCUCUUUAGUUUUGCCAGCUGUUGACUGCCAGGCUAUCAGUCAUCUAACAGAAUACCUCCAAAAAACUUUGAAUUUUCCCGUGGUAAAGGUAGAUGGCCCUGAAACAUCAAAUCUAAUGGUGAAUGCAUCCAAACCCAAUCUGUUUGUGAUCAGGCUACAUCCAACUAAGAGAAAAGAUGAACCUGCCACUUUAAAAGCACUGAUGGAAAAUGACAAAAUAAUUGGAAGGAUUACUAAGGCUCUGCAGCAGCAAGGAGUUCAGUCUUUGAUGAUUUACACUGCAAGGCAACUGUCAAAGGUACCCAUGCAAUUUAAUGCAGCUGGGCACAGUAGGCGACAACUGAGGUCUGCCGAAGUGCAAGAUAACAGCCUCUUUGCUCCAGUGUAUGCAUUCAGUGGGUCUCAACCAUGCAUCCUCUUUUACGCCACUCAUUUCAGCCUCAUAGUCAACAACAGCGAACUCAUCGAUCUAUCCAAUUUAACGUUUGCGUCUCACCAAGUGGAUACUAAUUUAUCGGAAUGCCUGCCCACCAAUGCCACAUUGUCAUUGCUAUACACCAACCCGGUGAGUAAGAUCAAGAGUCUGGAAAUAAGCUUUGUGAUGACCAACAGGUUCUAUGGAGGCUCUGCUCGAAAUUGGUCCACUUUAGAUUAUGUUGAAAUUGUACAAGACAACAGGCCUGCAGCUAAAUUUAGUGUCUCCAUCAUCUCUAGUCCUGUGGAGUACUCAUUUCAUUGCCAGCUGGUGGGAACGAGAAGCCAGUAUGGCGCAAGUCUAAUUCCAGUGAAUAGUGAAGCGAAAAGCUGGGAAGUUGUCAUUUCUGCGUUCCAAAUUCAAGCUUUCAGUGUCCAAAACAUCACCUUUUCAUAUGCAAGUGACUGUGCAUCCUUCUUCACCCCUGCAAUUUGGAUGGCUCUUGUGACCUCAUUAGUUUUGCUACUGGUCCUCACUUAUGGAAUCCACAUGAUUGUACAUCUUACAACAAACAGUAGAUUUGAUAACCCCAAAGAUGCACGUCUUUCUGUUCCAGAGACUGAAUAACUGCACAUAUAAAUUUAGUAUAAUAGUGAAUCCCUUUCAUUCCUAAUAAUGUAGAAGAAAGCAUAGGUAAAAUUAUGCACAACGUAUAAGCUUUGGACAAUGAAUUUUUUUUAAAAAGGAGAUUGUUAGCAGCAGUGAUAAUUCUGUCAGCUGUUACCUCUUUUUAAUAGUUGCCAGAAUGAAGGUCUUGAGGCAAAGCUGAUACCAUUCACAGUGGUUGCCAGUCAUUAAGAAGACCAGUAGGUCGUGCCAACUGCUUCAUAAUUGCUGGUUGGCAAGUGUAUUAUAAAGAUAUUGCAGAUGGAUUUUAAAGCAAAGCUUUAUUAAGAAAUUAUAUCUUGAUUUUUUAAUAUUUCGUUUAAAGGUAUGUUCUUUCCAAACACUAUGGUUAAGAAAAACAUAGGAAAUAAACCUUAGAUGUAAAACUAACUGGUGACUUCACAUCCUCAGUUUGCAUAAUCACAUUUAUAGAUUUACCCAUUAGCUUACUCUGAUAUUUUGAACUCCCACCCACAACUCAUGAUGAACUAACAGCAUCUGGAGCAUCCUCUUCUGAAAGGAUCCAGUGUGCAAUUACUUCCACAUCUGCUACCCAAAGAGCAAAAUGGUUGCCAUUCUCCCAGCAAUGAGGAGCUGUUAAUGAAUAUAUAUUGGGCUAUUUUGUAGACAUAAUGUCACUCUGAUACCAAAAAUCAAUUACUCCAUAGGAGAUUGUGAUUGUUUGAUUCUACCACUGAAUAUAAUCUUAGCUGAUGAUCGAUGAUGAUUUGCGUACCUCUGGGUAGACAGAGUCUUCUUUCUCCAUGGCUGCAAUAUCACAAAACAUGACGCAGGCUGUGAUGUCACAGUCCUAUCACCCUCAAAUUGGAAAAGCUGCAGCAUUCAGGAGGAUCUUUUUGCUCACUCUCUGGAGAAUGUAUAAGAAGUGUGGAAGUGGAGAAAGGCAGGUAUU